UGGUCUGCAGGUUGCUGGGCUCACAGCUGUAAUCGGACGAAGGCUUAUUUUGAGUCCAGGAAUUUCUUCAGUGUUCUCCGUUGGGACCCUCUUGAUGUUCCGGGUCAAACGCUUCUCUACAGCGUCCAGUUCAACCUUUAUGGGACACCGUAUGAACCGGUGACAUGGUGCCAGAACAUCUCCACUCCUGUUUGUGACAUGACGGAGGUGAUGACCCAUGUGAUGAGCGAUGUGACCUCUAAAUAUCAUGUCAAGGUCAGCUCCAGUGGACAGUGCCUGGGUGAGGUGGUGUUCACGCCGUUUUGGCAGACCACUUUAGCAGCACCGCAGCUGUCAGUCACAUCAAACCAAACCCAUCUGAAUGUGACGGUUCUGCCGCAGAUGACCGCUUGGAGCUGCUCUAUUGAGAAUAUCAGCUUUUGGGGAAAAGGGUUCCAGAGGCCCUCCGUUAAGUACACGGUUCGCCUGACACUUCCCGAAUCAUUGGCGGGAAAGGUUAUAAUUCCUGAUUCUCCUUCAGCCGUAUACAUCCAGUUCCAUUACCUAGUUGCUCUCUCCAUAUAAUCCCCUCACGUUCAACUAAACGUCUGCGUUAUGUCUUUUUGAGUAUAUGAGGACACGUCUCGCUCAGUGUUUAUUUGGCUUGUGGAAACAGACGAGCAGUACUGUGGUGAUGUGAUAUAUACGCUCACACACCCCGGUCGGUCCAGUCCCAGUGAAAACAACACCUUUUGUGUGACCGUCUCAGCACCUAAUUCCUGGUUUCAUAUAUUAAUAUGGCCGGGCCUGAUUGCUCUGCUGCUGCUGAUCAUUCUACCCAUCACGCUUUGCCAGCUGUCUUUUAAGAAAAUGCACUCCUUACCGAAAGUGCUGAGAGAGAUCCUGCCAAAGAAAAGCAUUCAUGCGUUUUGUUCAUAUCCCCGGGACGACAUAUCUAAAGUGGAAGUGUGGUCCGGAUUUGAUGAGAAGCUUGAACCGCAGGCCGUUUUUGAGCCACAGAAGUCAGAGAGCAUGGUUAAUGAGCCUUCUUAUGCAUCCCAGGAGCACUGUGACCGUGAGUGGACACGCAAUCAACCGGACGUCCCGGUCCAGGACAGCCGAGAGUCUUCUGUGCACUACAGCAUGUGUUUGUCCAACCAGAUCUCAUCCAAUGACACAACAGAUGAAACCAGCUCGGAUUCAUUCGGUCCAGAGUCCUUUUUGACACUUUUAAUAAGCAACACUGAAAACAGCAGCGGGCCACUGGUGGUUCCGGUUAGAUCCGCUAAAAAUGCAGAAGGAACUCCUUUACUAUCUGACCAUGUUCAGAACAACUCAUCCUACGUUUCUGACGUCGUGGCAUCAAACUAUAGGCAGAACAGUCAGCCGGAGAUUCCUCCGGAGGGACAGCGAGAGGAGAGGACUUAUAUUAUGAGGACAGACCACCUGCAGGACACAGCUGAACCUGAUGAGAGCUUUAUAAAUGAAGCGGAACCUAGAAUUGAUGUGAUCUUUCUGGACAGAUUCAUGGUGGAGAUACAGGGAUUGUCUUUGCCUUGCAACUAAUGGUGUCUUUUCCUCCCACUGCUCAUCUGAGCACAUUCAUGCACGUUAAAGAGAUGUUUGAAGAUCUUCUGUAGGGUUUCGCCAGCUCGUUGCAUAGGAAGUGGUGCAAGUUUGAGAGUAUUUACAAGCGUUCAGGUGUACAGGUUCACUUAAGGGUCUUUCUGUGUGAAAUCACCCAAAUUUAAGAAAAUUCCCCUAGCUAAAAUAUUGGAUUUUGUUUAUUUUUUCUGAAAGACAGACAUAAAUAGUUAUGAAAGCCAACAUAUUAAAUGCCACAGAUGAAUGUUUACUGAGUAAUCCAUUAUUUUGUUUGAAAAUGAGUUUUCAACUGAGUUUUGAAGCCAAAUUACAGGUGGGGAAAAUGACUUUAGAAAGAUUUCAGUAUUUUUACACAGAUAGCAUUAGGUCUGUUAGUAAAAUCAGUUGACUUUAGCAAUCGUUGUUGCAUUAUAUCUCAAUGGUGACCAUUCAAAAAUGGGGGAAAGCACUUUUUUGUGCUUUUUUUCCAAGGUUUGCAU